GUGUGUGUUUGGCAGUCCACUUGGCUCAACCCCGCUUGUUAACAGAAGUCGCUUCACCUGAGGUAUCAAAAUAAAUGCUAGUCUUGCUUUGAAGACCUUUUCAAGUAGCACUGGACCAGAAGUUGCAGAACAGCGGAAAGUUGCAAUAUAGAAAAGGUGGUUGAUACAUCUGACAAUACCAGAAGAUGAAAAUCUGAGAAACGUGAUUCAGCUUCUCCAACCAUUCCUUCUAGAACAUGAAAACGUUCAUUCACCAGCAAUUUGAAAAGAUGAUAAUGGAAUAUACGAUAUAAAGAAGAUAGUUUUUAUAUUUAGCUAUCAUGGUAUUUAAAGUUGUUUCUGUAGCGCCAUCUACCUUCCAGCUACUCUUGGUAGCAUGGAUUUUAAUAUUAGUAAGCUGGUCGUAUUCGGAAAAAUACGAUUUUAAGAAACAGGAUAUUUACUCUGGAGCUAUAUUGCCCCACUCCACUUUUACUAGUGUUAAGAGAACAUACAAUAGAAGACUCUCUGAUGCCCUACAGAGCCUAAAAAAAGGUAGAGACCAACCUUUAAACAUAAACAAAUAUUUCAAUAUUAAACUCCCAAAAGUGGUUCAGAUGUCUUUGAACCCCAGCCCCACGGAAAUAUUAAACAAGCUCUGUGAUGAUCUGUUAAGUAACGAUGUUAUAGCUGUGUUGUACCUUACCAAUUCGGACUUCUUUGGCAGUAAUGCAGCCUCGGUGCAGUACUUUCUCCAACUUUCUGGAUACUUGGGGUUACCAGUAAUAGCUUGGAAUGCUGAUAAUUUUGGAGUAGAACAGCAAGUGUCGGGUUCACUCAUCCUUCAACUAGCCCCCUCUGUCAAGCAUCAGUCAGCGGCAAUGUUGAGCAUCAUGAAGAGAUACUUUUGGCAUCAUUUCUCAAUUCUAACAACAAUAAUAGGCGGGCACGACGACUUCAUUAGAGCGGUUCGAAACCAAGUCUUAGACAGCACUGAUUUCACAUACAAUAUCAUGGACGUCUUCGUCAUUAAAACGAAAACUCGCAAGAAAAUUGCUGAAGAGAUAGAAUUCCUCAAGUACAGUGAAGUUAGAGUGAUUUUAUUGUACUCCACGAAAGAAGAAGGUGCAGAAAUUAUGGGAGCUGCCAACGAUUUGGGUAUCACAGGUAAAAACUACGUUUGGAUCGUAACACAAUCCGUCUUUGGUACAGCCGAAAACAACGCUCCAACAGAGUUCCCUAUCGGUAUGUUAGGGGUUCAUUUUAACACUACUAAAGCUAGACUUCAGGAUGAGAUUGAGCGGGCAUUCAAUGUAUUCGGUUACGGCUUGGAGCUUUUUGUAAAUGAUCCUCGGAAUGAAAAUAAAAGCCUAUCGCCAGGACUAAAAUGCAAUGGCAUCUCAACUGACCACUGGAGCAAAGGUGAUAUGUUCUUCAGGUAUCUUCGAAAUGUCAGCAUUCCUUCAAGUAACGGUGGACCGAACUUAGAAUUCAACCCAGAUGGUACACUUAAGUAUGUAGAGCUGGAGGUGAUGAAUCUAAAGUCUCAGGGGUAUUGGGAAAAGAUUGGAGCAUGGACAGCAGGAUCCCUAGAGAUCAAGGAUAUCGUGUGGCCUGGAGAUUCUCCGGUUCCGCCCAAAGGUGUACCGGAAAAGUUCAACUUAAAGAUAACAUUCAUGGAGGAGCCGCCGUACGUAAACCUCGUUACACCGGACAAUGAGACAGGGGAGUGCAAGACAGAUAGAGCCGUACCUUGUCGCGUGGCACCUGAGUCUGAACUUGCCGGGGUCAAUCUUACUCUGGCCAUGCGGAACCCGAAAUACUACAUGUGUUGCUCUGGAUUUUGUGUUGAUCUUCUCCAUAAGUUUGCUGUUGACUUGGGAUUUACUUAUGAUCUUUAUCGUGUAGAAGAUGGGAUUUGGGGAGUUUUGAAUAAUGGAACGUGGAACGGAUUAGUGGCAGAAAUCUUAGAAGGACGAGCAGAUGUUGUUGUGACGAGUUUUAAGAUAAACUCUGAACGCCAGACAGUUCUUGACUUCACCGUUCCAUUUCUGGAGACUGGAAUAACUAUCAUUGUGGCUAAACAUACUGGAAUUAUUUCACCUAAAGCAUUUCUUGAACCGUUUGACACUCUCUCCUGGUUACUUAUCCUAUUGGUUAGCAUUCAGGUUGCGGCCUUCGCCAUCUUCCUUUUCGAGUGGCUAAGUCCUUUCGGGUACGAUAUGAAAAUGUCGCCUCCGAGAGAUCACAAGUUUUCCCUUUUCCGAACUUAUUGGCUAGUUUGGGCCAUCCUGUUUGGUGCCAGCGUUAACCUGGACUGUCCACGUGGCUACACGGCUCGUUUCAUGUCCAACAUCUGGGCCAUGUUCGCUGUGGUCUUCCUUGCCAUCUACACCGCUAACCUUGCGGCCUUCAUGAUCACAAGAGAAGAGUUUUACGACCUGAGUGGGAUCGAAGACAAACGGCUUCACUACCCCUUUCAAUUGGAUCCACCUUUUCGUUUUGGUACAGUUCCUUUAGCAAAUACUUGGACUGUGAUGAAGGAUCGCAAACCUGGAAUUUUUAAUUAUAUGAAACGCUAUAAUAGAUCUUCACCGAUAGAGGGGAUUAAAGCUGUUAAAACUGGUGAGUUAGACGCUUUCAUCUACGACGCCACCGUGCUAGAAUACCUUGCAGGACAAGACAACGAAUGUCGCCUGCUGACUGUUGGCGCCUGGUGUUCCAUGACUGGCUAUGGCUUCGCAUUUCCAAAAAAAUCUAAAUAUCUCAAUAUGUUUAACAAAUACAUGAUCCAGUAUAGAGAAAACGGUGACUUGGACCGUCUCCAGAGGUUCUGGCUGCAAGGUAUAUGUAAGCCUACUAAAAACAAGCGGAAUGCUAGUAAUCCCCUAGACACCAACCAGUUUAUGAGUGCCUUCCUGCUGCUUGGAUGUGGAGUUAUCUUAACCCUAGUCUUGUUAGGCUUAGAGCAUGUUUACUUUAAAUACAUUCGUCAACAUUUGGCCAAGAAGGACACUGGUAGCUGUUUUGCGCUUGUCAGUUUGAGCAUGGGAAAAUCACUAAGUUUUCGUGGGGCAGUGUACGAAGCUCAAGACAUGUUGAAACGUCAUCGAUGUACAGACCCAAUCUGCGACACCCAACUGUGGAAAGCCCGACACGAACUCGACAUGGCUCGUCUUAAGUUAAAACAACUUCAGAAAGAACUCUUUCUCAGGACAAGUUCUGUUGAUCCUCUAGAACCACGAGACUUCACGAGGAAUCACAGUAGCACAAAUGAAUCUCAAACUCCACCUUCAAGACUUUACUAUAGACCAAUGAGAAAGGAGAUUGCAGAAUAUGAAACAGUUAUUUAAUUUUACAAGUCUUGGUGAAGUCGCUGCUAUUGUUUAAAACUCUUUAGAUAUUCUUACUGUCUUAAAGAUUAGAUCAUUCAAUCUGUGUUAUAUAUUGUGAACUAUAUUGACUGAUCAAUACUGAAGUAAAGGUAAAAAAGUACAAGAGAUUUUUUAUUUUAUUUGUGAAAAAUAUUUGGUUUUCAGUGUAAAUUUAAUUAACGUUACGAUUGGAAGAUAAAUUAUCUUUCCUUAUGGGUUAAAAAUCUUUAUUGUUUUGCACUUAUUUGGUCGAAUUUUACAUUUAUUCGAACUCUAAAAAUAAUAUAAAACAAAAAUGGAAUUAAACAUUCAAAACUAAGGUCUUUGAAUGAUGAAAAACAAAAUAAAUACACAAUUGCCUCGAAUAAAUACCUAAGUCCUAAUUUUUAGAAAAACAAUUUAUGUUAUUUAUAGAAUCAGCAGUCUACUGAUGACGUCAUAUUAUACACCAUCUUAUGAUCCAUUCCACACGUCAUCUGCUAUCAAAAUAAUUUACUUUGUUCGAGUUUUAUGAAAUUUCGUUCUGAUUAUUUGAACUAUCAUACAUACAUAUAUGUUUAUUUUUUUAGAUUAGCGUAUAAAGUAAGCAACCUGGCUUUGAACAUCAGAGUUGUGAAAUAUCUGUAAAAAAUGUUCUCAUUUUGUUUUAUUUAUUCGUGAAUAAAUAAGUUUACUUUGUAUUCCGAAAGAAAAAAUAAAUAUUAAA